GGCGGGCGCAGCGCUGGCGGAGGCGGGGCCGGAGGAGCCGGAGCCCGGCGGUGCCCGCUGAGCCCGGCUCGGCUCGGCUCGGCUAUGGCACAGGCGGCGUUGGGCGCGGCGGGGCUCCACUUUGACGAGCUGAACAAGCUGCGGGUGCUGGAGCCCGAGGUGGCGGCGCAGACGGCGCAGCUCCGCGAGGAGUGCCGGGCCUUCGUGGACAAAACAGCAGAAUUCCAGAAAAUAGUGGGCAGCUUGAUCGAGCUCGUUGAUCAACUGGCCAAAGCUGCAGAAAAUGAGAAGAUGAAGGCCAUCGGGGCAAGGAACCUGCUGAAGUCCAUCGCAAAGCAGAGAGAGGCUCAGGAGCAGCAGCUCCAGGCUUUGAUAGCUGAGAAAAAGAUGCAGCUGGAAAGGUACCGGGUCGAGUACGAGACUCUCUGCAAAAUCGAAGCGGACCAGAACGAAUUCAUCGACCAGUUCAUUUUCCAGAAAUAGAGGAUUUUAAGAUAAAAACCAGCUCACAUGGAAAGUUGACCAUUCCAGAAUCUUGAGAAUUUCAGAAAUAUGCAAUUUCCACUGUGCAGGAGUGCAGAUGGUUUGUACAACAGAGGGGCUGUACCUCAGUUUGAGGGUACUGUGGCAAUAAGGAGGGCUGACUGCUCCCAGCUGCACAGACUGUCCUGGCCUUUGAUUUUAUACCAGUUUUGUACAGUCAGUAGUUCUAAUUCAAAUUACAGUUGAAUUAAUGCUACUGGUGCUUUGUUGUGUCUCUUUUUGAACUCUAGAGCUCUUUCAUAGAAAUCAGAAAAUAAAUUAUUGUUCUCAGACUGUCCGGCUGUACCAGAAUUAGUUGCU